CUAAGUAUUCUUAAAUUCAAGGACGCAGGUGACUGACACGCUCGAAACUAGGAGAGAAUAUUGUCUUAAUCUCACUUUCGUGUUAUUAGUGAUUGUUAUCAUUUGCCUUCGUUUUUAAUGUAAAUCAAUUUUAUGUGCUUAAUGAGUCUUCGGCUCUUUUUUUCCUCUUGUUCUCCUCCAGAUAAUCUAACUGCUCCUAACAUUCCGCCAACACACAAGGUAUCUUCAGGCUAGACGCAAACCUACCAAAAAUUGGACGUUACAACUGUAUCUCGCGUGAGGAUUUCUUAAGUCUAAAAACCACUAGGCAACGUGGAUUUACUAGAUGGCUUUGUGAAAUGAGUGUCACACGGCAUUUUCAUAUGGAUAUUAUAUCUUUUUCUGAUUUGUAAUGAUCAACGGAACUCCGAAAAUACUGGCUACUACUCAUAAAUGUGUAUUCAGAAGUACUUCAUUCCCCCAACUCUUAGCCAGUAAGUCAGUAUGCGGAGUGUUUUCCAGUACAUUUCAUAAUGUAAAUGGCAGGCAAAAACUCCUUUACAAACCUGUUGAUUUACUUCAUUUUCACCCAACUGGAGCUUUAACUCUGAGAUUGCAACACUCUCAUGGUCCUUCAGAUAAUUUAUCAAAUCCAGCUUUGGAACAAAAAGCAGUAAGUUAAAUCAUGAAAUUCCCACCAAUUUAGUGUUUCUUUCUUGUGUAGUCGAAUGAGUAGUCGGAAAAUUUAUAUGACUGUUUCAUCAUACUUAAAAAAACUUCGUUAGCAUAACUUUUAUGAACAAUGGCUAUAUUUAUGAGAUUGCUAUGGGAUUAACACGUCAUAAGUAUUUUUAGUCUACUUUCAUGAAAUAUCCUUGUUUAAUUCUAUUUUGGCGUCAGUUUGUUUCAUUGGUAUUUGAAAGCUUAGUCAUGCUUGUGUAAAUCGUUCAAAACUAUGGAAGCACAGUAACAAAUUGUAGAUUAUAAUAUCUGGUCGCGUUCAUAAUUAUGUACUGUACCCAUUGUAUGGAAAGCAAACCAUUUGACCUAACUAGUGAGUAAGUUUUCAGUUCUCAUCUACUCCAUUGAAUUUGUAAGCAACCAAAUAUUGUUUCCUCUCUUAAUGCGAUGACUCUCUGUACCAAUAGGUGUGUCUGUGUCUUAACGAUGAACAUAUCUUCCAAUAGAAAAGGUUGGUAGCUCGAAACACUUGGAUUUUAGCGGCUCGGUCUCAUAUCGAAACCCGGAUUAACAUAAUUUAAUUUUGUCAGCUGUUUAUUCUGGAACAGUGCAAGCUUAUUAACUGUCAACCAAAAAGUUUCGAGUUCGGUGAGUAAUAAUUUCAAGAGAUAUACCUCACAAAAAUCUCAAUAGAGAUUCACUGUUUUUAUGUUCAGUCAGACGUUAUACUUAUCCACUACCCAUUCAUCCAUUGUCUCCGUUUUCACUAAUAUCUUUUUCCUUUUGUGAUAUUGUGUGGUGUAAACCAGAACAUUGUCAUGUAAGCUUCUAGGCUAUCUCAUAUUUUGAGAUUUUGGGUCCAGAACAUUGUUUUGUGUUAAAAGACAUCCUAAGGUUAAAUAUACUACACUACUUUACAUUUCAAUCAACCUAUUUGACGAAAUAUCAACCGUUACAUUGAUUAAAAUACGGGCUAGCUAUCAGUCACUACGUAAGUUCUGUUUAUUUCUAUCGUUUUUUCUGAAGUGAGACUAAUCAAUUUUCAGCUUUUUGUUCUUGCAAUUAAAUCCGAUUAAUUUGUUUGCGUUCUAAUUUCAUUUAGAUUUUAUCUGACUGGACUAUUAUUAGACGACUUCUAAAAUAUGUUUGGCCACAGGAUAGGCCGGAAAUCCGUUUGCGUGUAGUCGCGGCUAUGUUGUUGUUAUUAUCUUCCAAAUUUGUUAAUGUUUUGGUCCCAUUCGUUUUCAAAAUUGCAGUUGACUGUUUGUCAGGAGAAACUCCACUACUAUUAGGUGAUACAAGUCCUAGUGUGGCAGCUACAACUAUUUUAAUUUCGUAUGGUUUGUUCAGAGCUACUGCUUCUGGUUUAAAUGAAUUACGUACUGCAGUUUUUGCUAAAGCUGCUCUUUCUUCAAUUCGAGAAGUCGGAGUUCAAGUAUUUCGACAUAUGCACAAUCUUGAUUUAAGUUAUCAUCUUGGAAGAAGAACUGGAGCAUUAGGUAAAGCAAUUGAUCGUGGCGCUAGGGGAAUAAAUUUUAUAUUGACUGCUAUGGUUUUCAAUCUAUUUCCUACUACAUUUGAAGUUGCUGUUGUAACAGGGAUUUUGUAUUAUAAAUAUGGAGUAGCGGCCAGUACAAUUGCACUAAGCUGCAUAGCUGCUUAUACAGCAUUCACAUUUGCUGUUACACGUUGGCGUACUCAAUUUCGUGUUCAAAUGAAUAAGGCAGAUGGACGAGCUGCAAGUCAAGCUACUGACUCACUUAUUAAUUAUGAAACUGUAAAAUACUUCAACAACGAAGAGCGUGAAGCAGAACUUUAUGACAAACUUCAAGCUCAAUACGAAGAGGCCAGUAUUAGAACAACAACUAGUCUAGCUGUACUUAACUUCGGUCAGGCUGCUAUAUUCUCUGUUGGCUUAGCUGCUACAAUGAUAGCAGUUGCAAAUCAAGUUACUUCCGGUAUAACCGAUCCAGCAACAGCUGCUCAUGUUCUUGAAGCCACUGGGAUAAGUAGUUUAGCUAAAUCUUUAACUGUGGGAGAUCUUGUUCUUGUAAACGGAUUAUUAUUCCAACUAUCGAUACCAUUGAAUUUUUUGGGUACGGUAUAUCGUGAAGUACGGCAAUCUUUAAUUGAUAUGUCAACUAUGUUUACACUAUUAGAACUUGCUCCAACAGUUCGUUCCUUACCGAAUGCACCAAAUAUACACAUUGAUCGUUCUAAUUCAUCUGUAGAAUUUCGUGAUGUGAAAUUCACUUACUACACUAAAGACCCUAAAGAUUCUUUAUUAAAACCUGGGAAGUUCAUAUGUGAUGGAUUAAGUUUUAAGGUUGAACCUGGUCAACGUGUAGCUAUUGUUGGUGAGAGUGGUACCGGAAAAUCUACAAUUGUUCGAUUAGUCUACCGAUUUUUUGAUGUAUCUAGUGGUAGUGUACUAGUCGGUGGUCAAGAUGUUCGGUCAGUGAAUUUGGAGAGUUUACGUCAUGCAAUUGCAGUGAUACCACAGGAUACGGUUUUGUUCCAUAAUACAAUAUUUUAUAAUCUCCAAUACGGUAACUUGAAAGCAACUCCGGAAGAAGUUUACGAAGCCGCUCGUUUAUCGAAUGUAGCCAAUGCAAUUGAACGUAUGCCACACGGAUACGAUACACAAGUCGGAGAACGUGGUUUGAAAUUGAGCGGUGGUGAAAAACAACGAAUAGCGAUUGCAAGGGCUCUACUGAAGAAAGCUCCAAUUUUGGUUUAUGACGAAGCAACAUCAUCAUUAGAUUCAAUCACUGAACAUACUAUUCUUCAACGAUUAGCAGAAGUUACACCUGGAAUUACAUCGCUUGUAAUCGCUCAUCGUUUAAGCACAAUAAUUGAUGCUGAUGAAAUCUUAGUCUUACGAAAUGGUCGUGUAUCUGAACGUGGCACGCACUCCAGUUUACUAUCACAACCGGAUUCAUAUUAUAGACAACUUUGGGAUCAACAACGAAGUGGAAUCUUACCCACUACUAUUACGAGUACUAAUGAUAAUUGUAACAGCAAUGAUAAUCAUAAAAUAUCCAAUUCAGGCAGUCAAGAUACAAACACCUAAGGCACUACGUAUAAAUAUAAUGGUUUGAGCUUUUCUUGAAUUUUGUAGUCGGUAAUUUUCUCCAUGCCUACACUUGUUUGAUAGUUUCAGUUUUAUUAUUUUCUAUCCAUUUUACUAACUUAUUCAUACUUGAACACAACUAUUUUAUCUUAUGUGGUUUUCUGUCUAUGUUAGAUGAAUAGUUAACAAACUACGUAACGUAUUUGAUUUGUAUCACAGGAUAACUUUGUAAAGAAACAGACUGUAUAAUACAUUUUGUUACACAC